AACAGCAAUUGAAGUCCAACUAAGUUCCGUACUAUUGUUACAACACUAAUCGUUUGCCACUUGACAUCCAAAGAAAUGAAGUCAUACAUUUAGGUACUAAUUAACUCAUUUGGUUUAGCUCAAGCUCCUCCUUUCGAGCGGUUCCUAUCCUACUAUAUAGGACAUGAUACACCAUCAAUCGGUCAGCUGUCAGUGAGUUUCCAACAAUAUCCGCGAGAAACGCUAUUGGCGCUCUUGAACCUGUUGCAUCAUGAAGUGGACACAGUCAUUUGACUUAGACAAUGUCGUUAUUCUUGAUUCUUGGCGUUGGUCUGCCAAUUUAUUGACAGUUGCUCUCAUCUGUCUUCUGCUCGUGACAAUUAUACUAGUCUACUUACAACAAAUGAAAGACCACAUCCCAGGACCGACAUCAUUGCCUUUGAUUGGAAGUCUAUAUUUGUUUCGCUCUGAACGACAACUACACGUUGCUUGUAACAAAUUGUGCAAGCUCUUUGGUCCGAUAUUUAGAUUACAGCUGGGAUCUAUUAAUGCAGUUGUGGUCACCAACGCCAAGCUCAUUUCUGAGGUGCAGAGAAAGCAAGAGUUAUCUGGUAGAGCGUCCACAAUGGGGUUCACUCGACUGAUAAAUAACGGAGGCAAAGAUAUCGCUUUCUCUGAUGUUUCAUCAGGCUGGAAAUUUCAUCGUAAAUUUGUGCAUGCUAAUAUGUUUCAAAGAAGACAUCUGCAGCAAGCCGAAAGCUACAUUCUAACUGAAGCUGAUGUGCUUUGUAGAGACUUCCUGCAGUACGCUGACUCGAGAAAACCCAUAGAUUGCAAAUGGAAUUUGAUUGUUGCUGUCACCAAUGUUGUGUUUACAACGCUAUUUGGUAAACGAUUUACUUAUGAUGAUCCUAAACUGGUUGAGUGGACAAACGGCAGCGAACUCUUGCUCAAGAGUCUCAGCAGUGGUGGCCUUCUGCACUGCAUGCCUUGGCUGCGUGGACUACCCGGAUUCAGUCAAAAAUGGAAUCAAGUGGUCAAAUGUCAAGAAAACAACUGGAAUCUUAUGGGGCAGUUUCUCAAAGAAAAACUAGACAGUAACAGUCAUGAUGAAUUGAACAAUACUCCUCUUGCUGCACGAAUGGUUUCUGCAGCAAUGCAGCAAAUGGAAAAUGCAGACUAUGAGAGUUUCCUGAAAGUGACAUACAGAGAAUCUUUAAAUUCCGAUAAUGACCCUACUGAAACACUCCAACCGGCUCAGAUACGAUCAAUUCUAAUGGAUCUGCUAGGAGCUGGAUCCGAUACCACAACUCACACCAUGCGAUGGUUGGUCGCUCUUCUCGUCAAACAUUCUGACAUCCAAGAGAGAGUCUUUACUGAACUUGAUGAGGCCAUCACAGGAGAACUUACGGCUGCACACAGAAGUGUCACUCCAUUCCUCGAUGCAGUCAUACAAGAGACAUUACGUCUCUAUCCUGCCGCUCCGCUGUCUGUCCCACACAGUGCAACAACCAACACUUCUCUUGGCAGUUAUUCGAUUCCCAAAGACACCGUCGUGCUGCUUAACCUCUAUGGAAUGAUGAGAGAUCCCAAUGUCUGGGUAAAGCCUGACACGUUUGAUCCUGAUCGAUUUCUUUCAACAGACAGCAUACAAAAGAAACUCCAACAGCAGCACUUCAUGCCAUUCUCUGCUGGUGUUCGGGCGUGUAUGGGCAAGCAUCUUGCUCAGAUGACACUCUAUCUACUUGCAGCCAAACUCUUCAAGACGUACCGUAUGGAAGAAGUACUGGAAGAACCACUCGACCUUGAACCACAAGAAGACGGAGAAGCACCUGUUGCAAAACCGUAUAGAAUCCUUAUUAGUAAACGCUGCUCUUCUGAAAAUAAGGUAGCUUCUUAGAGGAACAUUAAUUUUGUGUAAGUUUUUAAUAUUUUUAAUAAAAUUUGUUUAUACCACCCUUUUGCUAUUUUUACUUUAGAAAUUUCAAAGUUUUACAGUAAAUAAAUUUGA